AUGACACCUGCAGCAGCAGCAGCAGCAGCAGCAGCAGCAGCAGCAGCAGCAAGAAUAACACCAGCACUAACAGCAGCACAAGCAGCAGCAGCAACUCAAACAGCAGCAGCAGCAGCAGCAGCAGCAACAGCAAACAGCAGCAACAACAACAACAAUAAACAACAGAUACACCAGCAGCAGCAGCAACAGCAGCAGCACCACCACCACUACCACCACCACUACCACCAGCAGCAACACCAUCAGCACCAGCAGCAUCCACAGCAGCAGCAGCAGCAGCAGCAACAGCAGCAGCAGCAGCAGCACCACCACCACCAUCAGCACCACCACCACCAGCAGCAGCAGCAGCACCACCACCAGCAGCAGCAGCAGCACCACCAUCAGCAGCAUCAGCAGCAGCAGCACCACCACCACCAUCAGCAGCCGCACCAUCAGCAGCAGCAGCAGCAUCAGCAUCAGCACCAUCAGCAGCAGCAGCAGCAUCAGCAGCCGCACCAUCAGCAGCAGCAGCACCAUCAGCAGCAUCAGCAGCAGCAGCAGCAGCAGCAGCAGCAGCAGCAGCAGCAGCAGCAGCAGCAGCAGCAGCAGCAAACCUCUGGGUCUUUUGUAUUGAGAGCUGUUUUAAGCGGCAUUAUUAAUUGGGGUAUCACCCCGACUGCCUUGCUGCCGCUUGCUUCUAGCAGUUAG